AUGUUCGCUCGUCAGGCUCUCCGAUCCGCUUCGGCCGCCCGCGCCUUCUCCACCUCGGCUGCCAACAACCGUGCCGUCGCCGUGCUCGGUGCUUCGGGCGGUAUUGGACAGCCGCUGUCGCUGCUGCUCAAGCAGAACCCUUUGGUCUCGGACCUGCGACUGUAUGAUGUUCGUCUGGCUCCUGGUGUUGCUGCCGACAUUUCGCACGUCAACACCCCUUCGACCACCACCGGUUACCAGGCCGACCAGCUCGGUGAGGCGCUCAAGGAUGUCGAGGUCAUCGUCAUCCCCGCCGGUGUGCCGCGUAAGCCCGGCAUGACCCGUGACGACCUGUUCAACACCAACGCCUCGAUCGUGCGCGACUUGGCCAAGAAGGCCGCCGAGGUCGCCCCCAACGCUCACCUGCUCAUCAUCUCGAACCCUGUCAACUCGACCGUGCCCAUCGUCGCCGAGGUGUUCAAGAAGGCCGGCGUCUACGACCCCAAGAAGCUCUACGGUGUUACCACCCUCGACGUUACGCGUGCCUCCACCUUCCUCUCCGGCAUCUCGGGCAAGAAGCCCUCGGAGACCAUCGUCCCCGUCGUCGGCGGUCACUCGGGUGUCACCAUCGUUCCCCUGCUCUCGCAGGCCAACGGCGGCGACGCCGUCGCCAAGGGCGAGCAGUACGAGAAGCUCGUCCACCGCAUCCAGUUUGGCGGUGACGAGGUCGUCAAGGCCAAGGACGGUGCCGGCUCCGCCACUCUCUCCAUGGCCUACGCCGCCGCUGUCUUCUCCGACUCGCUCCUCAAGGCCCUCAACGGCGAGAAGGGCAUCAAGGAGUGCGCUUACGUCGAGUCGCCCCUCUACAAAGACCAGGGCGCCACCUUCUUCGCCAGCCCCGUCACGCUCGGCAAGAACGGUGUCGAGGAGAUCCACUCCAUCGGCAAGGUCUCGGCUGAGGAGGAGAAGCUCCUCGAGGCUGCUGUCCCCGAGCUCGCCAAGAACAUCAAGAAAGGUGUUGAGUGGUACGCCGCUUCGCCUUAA